GAAAACAUAAUCUACAAUUGUUGUUACCUAUUGUACAAAAAUUUUAAGCAAUUUGCUCCAGUACAAGGAACAUAAUUAAACGCAUUAGUAAGAGAUGAGCUGUCCCAAAUGACCUCCGGACGAUUAUGACAAUUUUCAUACUUGUUCACUCAAACCAGGAUCGAGUCAAUUGAAUCAAAACGUUAUUCUAACCCAAGGCUAUAGAGAUCAAAGUCGACCAACACAAUAAACCAGCUGCAAACGUAAAUUAGUUUAACCUCAACCAGAUAAAUGAUGAAAACAUUCUCAAUUGGGCUCAGUGCGAUUCACAUAGUGACGUAUAGUGCACGAAUCAUAAUGUACCUUAUAAUAAGUCUAGUGACGAUCCUAAGUGUGGAAGCAAAAGUUACUGUGUACUUGACAGACUCUCCAAUACAGAAAAUCGGCGGCCGUCUAUACAAACAGGAACUUCUGUCUGACCAAUUCAAAGACCCAAAAGAACUAGCCUACGAUUCGUCAACGAGAAAUCUUUACUUCAUGUAUAUGGACGAUGUUUUGCAGAAUUCUGGUCGAGCCUACAUAAAUGUAAUAACGAAAAAUGCCAAGAAAAUCAACGGAAUUACAAAGAAUAAGGCAACUGCAGUGGACCAGGAUACAGGAGAUGUAUAUUUCGGAUCUGAUAAUGGUCUAUACAAGUACGAUCCUGUUUCCAAUGUGGCAACUAAUAUAGGUCUUUACAAUAUGAACAUAUUUAAAAUUGUCAUUCGCAACAAUGCCAUGUAUAUAAUCGAUGCGAACAACCAUAUGAUUUACAAAAUCUUCAAUCUGGGAACUCGGGCAGUCAAAGUUGGAAAUAUGAAGACAGUCAUGGAGUUUGACGUGGAUUUUAAGAGGAAUAUACAUUUUGUGACCAUGUGCGGUGUUUUUUGUGCAGUGGACGGUGUUGAAGUUGUUAAAAACAAAGAUUUGAACGUCGUUUAUCAUUUUCUAAGUGAUGAAAUGAAAACUUUCGGUGUAACUGAUAAUGGCCUGUUUGAAAUCGAUUGUAGGAAUGGUACAGCGAACAAAGUCGCAAAUUUAUCGUUCUUUCCUAGGAGCAUAAUAUUUGGUGACUAUGGUGAUAUUUUCUAUGCAACUGAUGAUAAUAUUUAUAGAUUAAUUCCGAUCAAUUCUUACUUCGUUUACAAUGUUAAGAGGAAUUCUGUUGAAUGAUAUUGUAUGCUUGUAAAUAAUUUAUAUAAACUUAAUAGCUUUAAUAAUUAUUUGUAUUUAUUUUAUUUAUUGGUGAUGUAAUAAACAUAUUUUG